AGCCACACGAGCGAAGGCGGUUCCCGGCGAAAAGCCUUGACCACCACUCGUCCUCCUCUGCAACUGCCACUGUCCCACGCCUCUCUCUCCGCCGUGACAGAAAUUUCGAAUACUGUCGCUCCCAAAUCCUAAACCCUAAAAUGAUCGUGUCUCUGUGCGAGCCUUCGUCAUGGGUCGGUCCAUUCCUCUCCAGAACUCUCCUAGUCAUACCGACCUCACCAUCUUCCAACAGAUCGACGAGCGCCAGCUGCGCCAUCGUGAAGCCCAUGGCCGCCAACCGAGCAACCGUUUCUCCUCCGCCCAAGCGGCCUAUCUCCGCCUUCGAGGCUCGGGUGACGCUCGUGUUCGCUCUCGCUUCUCAGGCUUCUUCUCUCUCCCAGCGACUUCUGGCGGAUUUCGCGACCGAAACCGCGAAAUACGUGUUCCCGAAGAGGUUUGAGAGCCGCAAUUUGGAGGAGGCUUUAAUGGCAGUUCCAGAUCUUGAGACGGUGAAGUUCAAAGUUUUGAGCAGGAGAGACCGAUAUGAAAUAAGAGAAGUGGAGCCUUACUACAUAGCGGAAACAACAAUGCCUGGAAAGACUGGAUUCGACUUCAACGGGGCUUCUCAGUCCUUCAAUGUUUUAGCUGAGUACCUCUUUGGUAAGAACACAACAAAGGAGCAAAUGGAGAUGACUACCCCUGUUUAUACACGCAAGAGUCCAUCUGAUGGAGAGAAAAUGGAAAUGACAACACCUGUAAUGACAAAGAAGGUGAAAACUGAAGGGAAGUGGCAGAUGUCCUUUGUUAUGCCCUCAAAGUAUGGUGCGAAUCUACCAUCACCUAGAGAUCCAUCAGUAAGGAUUAAAGAGGUUCCACAGAAAAUUGUUGCUGUUGUUGCCUUUUCAGGUUUUGUUACUGAUGAAGAAGUUAAACAACGGGAGUUAAAACUUAGAGAUGCUCUGAAAAGCGAUGGAGAGUUCAGGGUAAAAGAAGGUGCUUCUGUGGAAGUUGCACAGUACAAUCCACCUUUUACGCUACCUUUUACACGUCGUAAUGAGGUUGCCCUGGAGGUGGAAAGGAAGGUACAGUAGCUCCUCUCUGGAAACCCUAGAAUUUGGAGGAAUGGUGUAUCCUCUUAUCCUUUGUCAAGUAUAAACUACCUGUGUAUACAUAGAGGUGAAGGUGGUUACUUUGAGCCAAAUAUAUUUUGUAAACCGGGACUAUGUGGAACUGGGGGUUCUGAAUGUCCUGAAAGACUACUAAAUCUCAUGUAAAUGGAAACUCUUUCAUAGCUAAUUGUAUGCUUAAA